GAUGGGUUUUUGUGCCAAUUUACCUCAAAUCCAGGGUAAGUUUGCUGUCGAAUGUUUCUGUAGGACAUUGUACAGUGGCAAUGACAGAUUAUUGUACUGCGCGUAUAAAAGAUUCUACAGAUUUCCUUCACUGAAGAGAGUUUGCUAACCAUUUUGGAGAGGCUGGUCAUUGUUGAAAGGUUAAAAUAAGAGUAAAUCUCCCACCUGGAACGAAAAUAUGUGGCCACUAUAGAGACGUCAGCCGUUGUGGGAAGGUGGCCAUUCAAUAGAGAUUCGACUGUAGUAAUCUUAUGAGUUCGUCUGCUAACAGUGCCAGUUACAUGAUUAGAUUUUGUAUUUUUCAGUAUCAUUAUCAUAACUAAAUAAAUAAUUGACUAUUUUGAUUCCUUUAGGUGUACACGACGCCUGAAUACUUGCUGAAAAGAUUCCACAGCACAAAGAUUCGAACAUGUUUGACAGCAGUGGCUCUUAUCUCGUAUGUCCUCACCAAAAUUUCUGUAAGUGAUAUCCACCUAAAUUCGAAUGCAGUAUCUAAACAACUUGUAUGAACCCGAACACAAAAUGAAGUUGACGACUCCAUUUCGUCUUGAGCUCUUGCGUGUAAUACACGCCAGUCACAACAACUUUGUCGGGGGAAUCGAAUAUAAGGCAAAGUAGACAUGUAAGCCAAGGCUUUCCUUGGAAACGCAAAGUAACGACAGCAGGAAUAUAUAUCACCUGGAUAAUCGAUUAUUAUCAGUUCUUUCAUUUUAUGACGUCGAAAGGUAGAUAAAUGUUCUUCAUUUCUCUAUUACAGGUCGAUAUCUAUGCCGGCAGUGUGUUUCUGUAUGAAGCUGUUGGUUGGAAUGUUUAUCUCUCUGCUGCUUGUAUUUUGGCCAUCACAGCUGUCUACACUGUCUUGGGUGGUUUAACGGCUGUAUUCUUCACCGACGUGCUGCAGUGUACCAUAAUGAUCAUUGGUGCCAUUGUUGUCGCUAUAAUGAGCUUUUCGAAAGUUGGUGGAAUGGAUGGUCUGUGGGAGAAAUAUGGUUCUGCUAUCGGUCAAUCCAUUACAACCACUACUGUUGCACCAACAACGGUAGCCAGCAAUUUCACGACAGUAGCUGCUGCUUUAAGCACCGUGACAUCCACAGCUUCGAAUCACAGCAGCAACCAAACUGCUGAUAGCUGCUUCAAGUUAACUCCUUAUUGGGGUAACCUGGUGCGACCACUGGACGACCCAGACUACCCCUGGUUGGGAUUGUGGACGUCUCUGUUCAUUACAUCUGUGUGGUACUUUUGCACUGACCAGGUAAAAUGUGAAAAAAAAUCUAAUUUUAUUUGCUGAGUAUACUGAGUACUGAAUUGCGAUGCUCGCACCCUAUGAGUUUGAAUCAGUAUGGAAAUGGAAGUAAAUGUUUUGGGCUCGCGGU